UCUCCAAUUCUUAAUAUCUCAGAUGAACUGUCAAGAACCAGUACAGAAACAAAGCAAUGUCCUUCUAUUCUUUCCUUUCCUUUCUCAUUAGAUGCAAAAUUUAAGCUGAGAAAAUUCAUUUCUAUCUUCCUCUAUAGAAAAUUAUUAGCCCUUUUCUUGCCGUCAAUUCUCUCUCUCUCUCUCUCUCCACAGUGAGAGACAUGGCAUCCUGUUUUAGUGAAUAUGCAAUACAAGUAUCAGAUGCUUCAUGUUCUAGCCACUCAAUUACAAACCAUUCUUGUAUCUCUCCCAAUCCCAUACCUUCAAUCCAAAACUCAAUCACAUCUCUCUACAAAAUCUUUCUCUCCACUAAAAAGAACUUUUUGAUCACAGCCACUUGGUCCAAGAACACCACAACCAAUCAAGGCCUAACCAUAAACUUUGGAGAAGAAAACAACAACCACUCAUCAUCAUUCAAACUCAACACAAAUUCCAAACUUCUCAGGAAGAAGAAAAAGGGACACAAAUAUAUCGAAUUCGACAAUUCCAAGUUUGAAAUCUUCUGGGAUUUCUCAGCAGCCAAGUACAGCACCAAUGGGCCUGAACCAAUUGAUGGGUACUAUGUUUUACUCAUGAUUGAUUCAGAACUAGGCCUAGUUCUUGGAACAACCAUCUCGGACGAAGCUGUCAUGAAAAGACUCAAAUCCGGGACUAAAUUAGCCAAAUCUUCAUUAAUAUCACGUCGCGAACACUUCUCUGGCAAUACCCUUUAUUCCACUAAGGCUCGGUUCAGCGAUUCUGGGGAUGCACACGACAUUCUGAUACGUUGCAGCGGCGAAAAUGAGGGGCUAAAGAGUCCUGUUUUAUCAGUUUGUGUUGAUAAAAAGCCGGUGAUUCGUGUGAAGAGGCUGCAAUGGAAUUUUAGAGGAAACCAGACCAUAUUUGUUGACGGGUUGCUAAUUGAUCUGAUGUGGGAUGUUCAUGAUUGGUUUUUUAAUAACCCGGCUUCUUCUGGGUUCGCGGUGUUCAUGUUCAGGACGAGGAGAGGGAUGGAGAGUAGGUUGUGGUUGUUGGAGGAGAAAUUGGUGCAGAAAGAGCAAGAAAAGCUUGAAUUCUCUCUCUUGAUCUACGCCUGUAAGACCCCAUGAACAUACUUUUGGUCACUGUUUGAUUUUGGUUCUUUUUCUUCAUUUUAUGAAAUUUUUAGUGCAGAUUUUAUUUUUCACUUUCCAAAAUGGGACUCUUCUGGCAUAUUGUGACAAUUGUGCCUGCAAUCAAAUUUGCAGAAUAGACAUAUUGAUCAAUAAAAUCAUGCCUACUUGACAAUAGAACACCGACAUUUGUAUGGUUUGAUAUUGU